GCCCAGCCGGCCCAUACGCUUGACCCCCAAACCCUUUGCCGACACGCAAACGGCGGCAAGGAAGGGAGCUUCCAUUCUGAGCCUCGCUCGUUGGCGUAAGCCAUUUGCCGCAAGCCGCAAUGGACGACCGCACAACAUUGCUGCGUCCGCCGCCACCUGAUCCUAGCAAGGCGCCCAUUGAGAAUGUCCUCGAGGUGACCGAGCUGGCCGUCCUUGGGCCUGACAUAUUCACCAACGCCCGGAAGCCAUGGCAUCCUCCCGGAGCCCGGGGCAUUUACGGUGGCGCCGUCAUUGCCAUGUGCCUCGCGGCCGGCCAGCGCACGGUGCCUGACGACUUCAACGUGCACAGUCUGCACGCAUACUUCCUGUUGGCCGGAUCAGGGCAGCUCCCCAUUCUAUUCCACGUCGAGAGAGUCCGGGAUGGGCGGUCAUUCGCCACGCGGACAGUGCAGGCCCGGCAAAAGGGGCGGUGCAUCUUCACCACGACCAUCUCGUUUGUGCGCGAGGGGUCGAGCGGCAAGCCCGGGUCGCAGGCGUCGCACUCGUCACCUAUGCCGCGCGGCGGCGGCGGCGACGACGACGACGACGGCCAACAACCGCUGCGGCCGCCGCCCGACGACUUUGACGGCGAGCCGGAGCUAAUCAAGCAGGGGCCGUUCCAGAGCGACCGCAUCGAGAUCGUGAACCGCGACAGCGCGCACGCGCACGAGAAGAAGACGCGCCAGUGGUUCCGGGCGCGCGGCAGGAUUGCCGGCGGCCCGCCGGCCCACCUCGCCGCCCUCGCCUACGUCUCCGAUUCGUACUUCAUCGGGACCGUCUCGCGCAUCCACCGCCUCUGGCGCUUCCCCUUCAACGCCAAGGAGUACGACGACCUGCCCGCCGACGUCAAGACCAAAGUCCGCACCCUGCACGAGUGGGAGGGUCUCGGGAGCGACCCGCGGGACAUGGUCGGCCAGCCUGUCGUGGGCAUGAUGGUCUCUCUCGACCACUCCAUCUACUUCCACGAGCCCGGCAAGGUCCGGGCCGACGAGUGGAUGCUCAACGAGAUGGAAUCUCCCUGGGCGGGCGAUGGUCGGGGCGUGGUCACGCAAAAGAUCUUUAGCAAGGACGGCACACUGAUCGCCACCUGCGUUCAAGAGGGAAUUAUUCGGCUGAAAGAAGAAGCAAAACUGGAAGAAGGCAAGGGCUCCAAGCUGUAGAUUGGCAAACUGGUGGUGCUCUGUUUUUACGCGUGUAAAUUUUGUUCGUGACUGGCGCUUGUUCUCUUUUACUAGACUCCCUGAGCGAGCCGGUGCAAGCAACCAUCCUCUUUACUCUCCCGAUGAAUUUAACCCCCACCUGUAGAUCAAUAUACCUGUUUGACAAUUCUGUCUGGUUGGCUGGGCAAGUCACC